AACCUUACGUCGAUUUUUCGCAAUCCGUGGACAACCGGCUCUGAUGAUCAGUGACAACGGGACGCAGCUGGUGGGAGCUCAACGUGAACUCCGAGAAAUGAUAGAAGGAUGGAACGAGAAAGAGUUGAAGGAAUUCAGCGCCGAGAAAGGAAUGGAGUGGAGAUUUAUUACUCCUGCAGCACCACAUCAUAACGGUUGUGCUGAGGCUCUUGUCAAGAGUUCGAAGAAAGCAUUAAAGAUCGCGAUUGGUGAACAAAUUUUGGCUCCGUUCGAGCUGUACACAUGCUUGCUGGAAGUUAGUAACCUGAUUAAUCAGCGUCCUAUUGGAAGGAUCCCCAAUGAUCCAGAUGACGGUUCUUUCCUUUGUCCAAACGACAUUUUACUUGGUCGAGCAUCAACAAUGGUACCACAAGGGCCAUUCAGAGAAACGAAGAAUCCUCAACAUCGUGUUGAAUUUGUCCAGAAGAUCAUCGAUAGUUUUUGGAAGCGUUGGAGCAGAGAUGUAUUUCCCACCUUAGUUCCCAGAAAGAAAUGGACUACUGAAAAAAGAAAUGUACGAGUGGAUGACAUCGUCGUGGUUCAAGAUACGAAUGCGAUUCGUGGAAACUGGACUACGGGCAGAAUUGUUAAUGUAUAUCCUGGAAAUGACGGACGAAUUCGUAACGUUAAGGUGAAGACAUCCACAUCGCACUACGAAAGACCUAUUACAAAAGUCGCAGUACUGUACCCUGCAGAAGGAUAUGAAGAUAAGUAACUCACAAUUAGUAACAUUAAGUGAUGAGGAAGAGUCCUCAUCGGGGGGGAGAGUGGAUUGACAGUUUAUAUACACGUGCGUAGACACGAAUGGAACUCAUUAUAAUUGAACUUUGAAACUAUGAUGACAAUAUUAGGUAUCAAAUAGCAAUCAUAGCAUUAGCAUAUAGACGCACAGCGAGACGGAAAAGGUGUAAAUAUAACGCAUGUUUUGUUAAAUAAGUAAAUGAAAGAAAGACGGGCUAACCUGAACGAUAAACGAUGAAAUAGACAGCUAAAGGAUCUCGCCACAGAAAUCGAAUUGUUAUUAUAUAAUUUAUAAUGCGAUUUGCGAGACUUCUUUGGUUUAAUGUCUGAGAUUACUUGCUAACCGGUCGUCUUGGUUCCGACG